AUGGUUUCGGUUGAUUCCACCUCUAAACUCGAGCAUGGUGAUGGCGGCACCAAGUUAUUUGGUAUGGAAAACUUUGGAAAUACUUGUUACUGCAACUCGAUCCUCCAAUGCCUCUACUACACAACGAAGUUCCGCCAACAUGUCUUAUCCCACAAUAUCACUCCGCAUAAACGGCGACUCGAAAUGCCUGGAGCCGCUCCUCAUUCUUACACGACCAAAUACGAGCAACUCCUUGCCAAGAAAUUAAAGGAAAAAGGCAAGCCCAACCUGUCGCCACUGGAGACGUCUUUGCCAUUAGGAAGUACGCCACCGCUGCGGCCUUCAAUAAGAAACUCAAUCUUCGGGAAAUUCAGCUCUCAAAAUACUCAAAAUUUGAAUGCCGAGGAGACUCCAGUCUCUCCAGUUUAUAACACCAAAACGUACAUCCAAGAAGCUGGAAGUUGCGAGGCGCUCUCUACAGAACAGAGGUUAAUUGUUCGGAAAACCCCAGACUUUCACAUGCUCAAAAUCCUCAUCACCAGGCCUUCGCCAAGCACAGGGACCGAAAUCAGAAACGAUCUGUCGGUAUCUUCGUCGCUUACUCUGGACCUGGGCAAUGUUUCCAGUAGCACGUCUGCUUCUAUCGAGCCAGCGCCAAUAUCUUCCACGUCUGGCUUUGUUGUCGUUGGAAUACCAAAUCCAGAGCAAGGUCUUCCAGCACCGAUCAAUCCGUUUAGUCCGAACCCAUCCGCGGACCAUCGGAAGAGAUCCGCGCUUAUUAACGGGCCGAUUCUAAACGUCGACCAUCCUCUCCUGGCACUCUCACAAUCUGACGAAAAGUGUCUUCUUUAUUCUUUGAGCGACAUUUUCGGGGCCAUGGCCGAGAAUCAUUCCCAGAUCGGUGUUGUUUCGCCUCUGUAUUUCAUAAAGAAAUUAAAGGAGAAAAACUUUUUAUUUCGACAAGCGAAUAUGCACCACGACGCUCACGAGUUUUGUAACUAUUUGAUAAAUGAAACUAUCGAAACCCUUAACCUGGAAUUGGGAACAGAGAAGAACUGGUGCACACAGUUAUUCCAGGGCACAAUCACGAACGAGACCAAAUGUUUAUCAUGCGAAACGGUGACAUCGAAGGAUGAAAGUUUUUUGGAUUUGUCCAUAGACAUUCCGCCCGGGGAUAGCGCCUACUCUUUGAAUUUCUCGCUCAAUAACUUCUCCAAACUGGAAACUUUAAACCAUCAAAACAAAUUCUACUGCAAUGCUUGUCUGUCCCUUCAAGAAGCCGUGAAGACGAUUAAGUUAAAGAAAACUCCAGAGGUUCUAGUCAUCAACUUUAAAAGAUUUAAGUACGAUGACAAGUUGGACCGAAUGGUGAAAUUAUUCGAUUCGAUUCUGUAUCCUCUAAACUUGCGUCUCUUCAACACCACCUUGAGCGCAAAUUCCACUGCUGAAACUCUGACUGAUGAAAAACCUUCGGCAGCAACUCCAAAUAAUGAUUUUUCUCUCUACGGUCUUUAUGCAUUGGUAGUUCAUAUAGGUGGUGGCCCCAUGCAUGGACAUUACGUUGCGCUUUGCAAGUGUCAAGCUGGCCUUUGGUUCUUGUUUGAUGAUGAAACAGUUGAAUUGGUUGAUGAUGCAUAUGUUCUCCAAUUCUUCGGGGAUGGGCCAGGGCUAGCCAGCGCAUAUAUGCUUUUCUACGAAAUUCAGGAAACAAAAGUGGUUGAAGAUAGCCUUGACUUUGGAAUCAAUUUGAACAACGUCUACGACGGAGGAGAUUACUCAUUAGCUAAGCUGACCAAUGUGGCGGUAGCAACAAACGAGAAGGAAGAAGAAUGUACAGACGACCUCUUUGAAUCAGAUGAAGUGAGGCCUUUUCUCCCAACCGAGGGAAAAAUCAUAGAGAACGCCGAAGACAAUAGUGUGGGCCGCACAAGUUCCCUCUUGAAGAAAACUUUUAUGUUGGAUUCAAGAGAUGUUGAGAAGAGCAAAGAUUUAAAUACGCCCUCAUCUGGUCCGAAGUUUGGCAAGCUUUCCGAAUAUUCUUUGGAUGCUCAACGUCCGGCAAUGAAGGGUGAGAAGAAGUCGUGGGUGGGCGGUCUCAAACGCAGAGAGCUGAAACCUGAGAUCAGUCCCAAGGAAAGGACGGGAUCUACGAGCAGCAUCAAUACUACGUCAAGCACCAACCCAGACGUGAGUUAUACGGAAGAAUCAAGUGUUGAGAAAGUUAAGCGGAGAGGAAGCAUUUUUUCAUUUAAAAGAAAGAAUAAGUCUUGA